AGGAAGUUCUCUGUACAGCCUCAUCGCCUGCUGGCGCAGUGCAGGACUCCGGCGUGGCCAGCUUCUGUACCCUACAGCCCGGAUCGAUGUGGCAGUGGCAAUAUAAGUCUUACGGGGGAGUAGAUUCGCAUACAGUCUCCCCGCCGCUCUCCUGUUCCCCUGCCUACCAUGUACACACUCGCCCCACAGAACGCCUCCGCCGUAGAUGCGGGCUCCUGGUAUCCAUCUCCUGCCUCCCGUGGUACAUGGCAAAUCAUAUCCACCUGCAUAUCCACCCUCGUCAUCUGCGUCUGGAGCGCAAUCCACAUCGACAUACCUCCUAACCGCCGAAUGCGGACCUUCCCCGAGAAAGCUCGGUGGCUGAUCGUCGGGCUGCUCGGCCCCGACUGGCUUCUCUAUACGGCCUUCUAUCAGCUCUGCUGUGCGUGGGAGCUCUCAGAGCAUGCAAGCGAUUGCUUGCCGGUGGGGAAACUGGCGGCUGCUCUCACCUGGCAGGAAAGGUUAUGGAGAUGUGUCAGUGCCUGGGGUGGAAGAGGUAAGGAUUCUACACAUUUGCCCAACUCGACAGAGGAAGAGCACACCCUAUGUGCAGAAGCGGAAAUCGAUAGCGAUAAAGCCGACACUGAUAGCGCUACGAUACAGUCUUGCGUUCGUAAGAAUACUUGGACGUUCACUCACAGCUACUACGCCGCCAUGGGUGGCUUCGUCCUCGAUUCUUCGCAGACCCCGGUCUUCGGGACAGAGACGCGACUGGUCUUGGCUCCCUGGAUGAUACAGUUCCUCAUGAAGCACGACCCUGACCUUAUCCCUGAUAUCUCGAAGGAUGAUAUCGUAUGCCAGAGCAAGUCCGGCGGGCUCGCGAAGGCGCUCCUCGUCGUGCAGCUACUCUACUUCGCUGUAUCCUGCACUGCACGCCUCGCGCAGGCACUACCACUCAGCCUGCUCGAGGUCUGGACCCUAGCGCACGCACUCGGAGCGAUCUUCGUGUACGCCAUAUGGUGGAAGAAGCCGCUGGACAUCCCCAAGCCGACGGAGAUCACAGGGAAGAGAGCACACGAAUUCGCGGCCUACUUCCAAGUGGUCUGCAGGCCGAUUGCUUCACGUGCCGUGGGGCUUUGGGAUGACUCGGGCACUGCUGAGAUGGAUUAUCUCGAGAUCACUUCUUGUGCGCCCGAAGGGGAUAGCGGAAUUGUCCUCGACGAGGGGCAGGAGACACUUACCUUGCUCCCGACACAGUCUAUUCAGGUCGAAGCCUACGCCUUCGCUAUCAAGGCCGAGAUGACGCCAGACCCUGAGGAUUGCGAUGUGUUUGGCAAGACCCACCGUCCGUGGCAGGCGCGAGAGCGGGGACCGGAUGGUAGGAUCAUGCUUGGGAAGACCGACGUGUUGCGAUGGCGGCUCGCCGCACGCGCGGCAACACGAAUAGGCGGGUUCCGGAAGCUUGAGAGCUAUAAUCAGUACACGAAGGCAGGCGGGUUGCAGACAGUUGAGGGAAAUAUCUCACUCGGAGAAUUGACCAUCCUCCUCACCCUCGUCACCGCAUACGUGCUGCCACAUCUAUUGGGCUGGAAUGCCACCUUCCCGACGCGCGUCGAGCGUGUGCUAUGGCAUGUCACAUCCGUUGCAGCGGUAGCCUUCCCCAUCACUCUCGUCGGUACCACUGCUCUCGGGGCUUUGGUCGAUGGUGCUUCUGAUAGAAUGGUGCCACACGCGUUCAGUAUUCUCAUCAAUUGCACGUGGGUUACACUAGUUUAUUUAUCUGUGAUCCUAUACAUCUUGGCGAACGUGUACUUUCUUGUCGAGAGCCUCAGGCAGCUGUCCUACCUCCCUGACAGCGCAUUCUUACUUCCAAAUUUUUCCAUUUAUUUCCCUCAUUUCUCGUAGCACGAUCGGCUCUCCUGUACUACAUGUUUUAUCUGCUGUCCGAUUUUUACGAAACGGCGUUGAUCAGAGACUUGUUUUUUCUCCAGUCGCCAUGCUCACAUGCAGACUUUCGCACAUACAGAUUCUGCUCUUUCUCUUCUCUGAUGUAGAGCGUGUACAGUCACUCAGCUGCGACAGCAGAAAGCAGCGAAAUAUUGCA